AUGGUUCCCACAAGUGGGCACAAAACUUUGGCCAAACAUGGAGCAAGAUUACGUAGCUCAGUUCUGUCGGCACAAAGACCGAGGGCGAACCAAGAAGACCUCGGCUUUCGUCAGAAUCAGUACCAUCUGUUGAUUGCCUUUGUUGCCAGUACAGCCUGCCUCCUUAUUUUGGGUUUACCACUCGGCUGGCUGUUGAUUCGACGGCGGGUCUGUCGAGUCUCCGGUCACAGGGAGCUAGAGACUCUGAUUUCUGAAAUUAACGUCUGUACAACUGGCAAAAUGAAGCCAUGGCAAUGGCCGCGGCCUUCACCCCUCGCAACAUCUGUUAUGUACUUCUUGACUCGAGUACCAGACGAUGAAGGCAACCCGAAACCAGAGGCUAGGGUGUCUGGAAACCUCGAGGAGAGCUAUUGUCCUCGUUACAACGUUUGCCUGGGUCCGUCUGGGGUACCAGCGGCUGGGCAUCAAGUGAGUCCUCAUAUAGAGGCGGCCUGCUGUCACCAGUUCAUCGAACCCGCCUUCAGCACGACGACUCGAAGUGUUAUGCUCCCCGGAGCCAUGUACAGAUGCCAUGGAUCUGAGCAGGGCUACAGGAGGCCGACCAGAGACGACAGAGUUGCCUGCCUCGGCGUUUGCUCAACGGCAUCUCAGUUAGGUGCCGAGCUGACAACAUGUCCCGAAUGUGGUCUGUGCUGCACCCAUCAACUUCCACAAGUGGCCGCCAACGCUUGCGAGUGUGCCAUGCAGUCUGCCAAUGGGAAGGGUCUCUGCAUGUACGGAGCUAGGAAGUUCGAGAAAAUCUACUGCCAUCGGAUGCCGGAGUACCCUUGUUGUGGUAAGUCCUACACACCUCCAACAGAGUCGGCGGUAGCUUCAGUCGUUAUCAAUAAUGGGGCCUUUACCGACCAGAACUGGCCAGAUUGGAGCAACACAAUCCAGGCCGACAAUAGGAAGUACACGAGUCGAGGGGAGAAACUAAACCCCUCCAGCCAACAGCAAGUCGAAGCUUGGCAGAAAAUUGAUGCCGAAUCUAGCGGCAUGCAUGUGUUGAGUUUUAGGAGUGGGGAGCUGGACAGUCGGUCGCAUCAAAUCGGCCACCGACCAGCCCAUCAUUUGGGCCAGUAUUCGCCUUCACCCCCCUCCGACGAGCCCAAACAGCGAAGGGUCACUUCCGUCUGGACACAUCGCCUGACCUCCGUUCAGAACCAGCUCAACGAGCUGUCACGUAUGCCGGCCAGUUUGAUGCCAGUCGGAACGGCGUCGAGCUGUGGCCGACUUCUCGGUUUCCACACGUGCAGUCGCGAGACCAUCGGCUGCAGCAGUGAUGCAAGCGAGUACAGGGCGGCCGGUAUCUCUUUCGACGACUCCAGGGCAUCGCCGGCUCCACCUCUGACCGUCUCGCCGCCUACUCUUGGAAGAAGUACGUCUGGGGGCAAAACCAGAGUGACUUGUCUCCAGGAGCAUCUGGGACCCGAGGUGACGGAGAAGACGGCCGUAGAGGUUGAGUCGGGGGGGGCAGACCUUUUCUGCGAUGAUGCCAUCAGCUGCUUCAGACUUCCUCCACCAUUGUUCCCCUCAUCAGCCGGCUUCCUUGCCACAUUCUACCACCAGCCAAUCACUCAGCCCCAAAGCCCCGCUAAACCAGCCUAUUUGGCCACAAAUCGUCCAAAUCGCCCGCUUCACAGAGAUCCUGAUGACGAGGAGAAAGCGCCCGGAUUGAGGACGGACUAUGUCGGCACGGCAACCAAAAUGCCUAUUUUCUUCAACCUACCUGGAGGCGCACGUCUGCCCUCGAGGUCGUUUUGUCUCGAGGACGAAGCCGAGGCAACUAAACGCUUCCUAAGAGUCGGUGUCGGCCUUAUUCCGAGUCGGCGGAGGAACUGGCCUACACACAAGCUCCAGAUUACAGAGACCGAUACUUUUUGA